AUGGCCUUCGCCGGCCAAACACCCACAAUUAUUGUGUUGAAGGAGGGGACGGAUUCUUCGCAAGGAAAGGGCCAGAUUAUCUCCAACAUUAAUGCCUGCCUUGCGGUGCAGUCGACGGUUAAGAGCACACUCGGUCCAUAUGGCGGCGACUUGCUCCUCGUGGACGAAAAUGGCAGGCAGACGAUUACAAACGAUGGAGCAACUGUGAUGAAGCUUCUCGAUAUCGUUCACCCCGCUGCCCGCAUUCUUACCGACAUUGCCCGCUCACAGGACGCCGAAGUUGGCGAUGGCACGACAUCGGUCGUUGUUCUCGCGGGCGAAAUCUUGAAGGAAGUCCGGGAUGCGGUAGAGCAAGGCGUCAGUGCACAAACCAUCAUUCGAGGCCUUCGCAAGGCAGGCUCCGUCGCAGUCAACAGAGUCAAAGAGAUCGCACUUGACAUGCUGGAGGUUUCUGGUACUGAAGAAAAGAAGGUGGAGACGCUGAGGCGUCUUGCUGCUACAGCUAUGAACAGUAAACUGAUCAAGAGAAAUUCGGAUUUCUUCACAAAGAUGGUUGUCGAUGCCGUUUUAUCUCUCGACCAGGAUGAUCUGAAUGAAAAGCUUAUUGGAGUCAAAAAGGUUCAUGGUGGUGGUCUUCAGGACUCGCUCUUUGUGGAUGGUGUCGCUUUCAAAAAGACCUUUUCGUACGCCGGUUUCGAGCAACAGCCCAAGUCGUUUAAGAAUCCGAAGAUUGUGUGCUUGAAUGUGGAACUGGAAUUGAAGAGCGAAAAGGACAACGCCGAGGUGCGAGUUGAACAGGUUUCCGAAUACCAGGCCAUUGUAGAUGCGGAGUGGCAGAUUAUCUUCAACAAACUGGAUGCUAUCCACAAGACCGGCGCCAAGGUUGUUCUCAGCAAACUGCCGAUUGGUGACUUGGCUACCCAGUUCUUUGCGGAUCGCGAUAUUUUCUGCGCUGGUCGUGUUUCGGCGGAUGACCUCGAGCGUGUGUGCCAGGCCACAGGGGCUUCUGUCCAGUCGACCUGCUCUGAUAUCCAAGAGCGCCAUCUCGGAACAUGCGGUUCCUUUGAGGAGCGACAGAUUGGAGGCGAGCGUUUUAACUUCUUUUCCGAAUGCCCGGCUGCCAAGACGUGUACCCUGGUGCUGCGUGGAGGAGCAGAACAAUUCAUUGCCGAAGUCGAACGGAGCUUGCACGACGCGAUCAUGAUCGUCAAGCGUGCGAUUCGCAAUCCCACCAUUGUGGCUGGCGGCGGUGCGUGUGAAAUGGAACUGUCGAGCUACCUUCACAGCUUUGCCAACCGAGACGUCGCACACAAACAGCAGGCCAUUGUCAAGGCAUUCGCCAAGGCGUUGGAGGUUAUCCCUCGUCAAUUAUGUGACAAUGCUGGCUUUGACGCAACUGAUAUCCUCAACCGACUGCGAACCGAGCACCGAAAGGGCAACGUUUGGGCUGGUGUCGACUUUGACCACGAGGGCAUCCGGGACAACAUGGACGCGUUUGUGUGGGAGCCCAGUCUGGUGAAGGUCAAUGCUAUCCAAGCUGCCGUCGAGGCUGCCUGUCUCAUCCUGAGCGUUGACGAGACCAUCAAAAACGAAGAGAGCGCGCAACCACAAGCUCCCCAAAGAGGCCUGCCACCGGGCGCGGCUCAACGAGCCAUCCGCGGACGUGGCCGGGGCAUGCCUAGACGGUAG